UUGGUUCGACCAUCCCAAACACUACGGAGGACCCAAAAUAUGAGCCAAGAGACAGCGAUAGCAAGCUUCAAGAAAUUCCAACAGUCAUGGAUCGAGCAGCUACGAAACCACCUGAACCACCUCCGCUCCGCCCAAAACCAUCACCGGAACUCUGCUACCGGUGAUGAGGAACGGUUAAGGGAGGCUGUGGACAGAGUGAUGGAACACUUUAGAGAAUAUCACAGGGCCAAGUGGGCUGCGACGGAUAAAGACGUCAUCGAAGUUAUGGCUUCUCCUUGGGCUUCAGCUCUUGAACGGUCGCUUCAGUGGGUCGGUGGUUGGCGACCAACCACCUUGUUCCAUCUGGUUUACACUGAGUCGAGUAUUUUAUUUGAGUCUCGUAUCGUUGAUAUACUUCGUGGCUUUCGCACCGGUGAUCUCAGUGAUCUCUCCCCUUCUCAGUUCAGGGUUCCAUUUGUCAAAGGCAGGACGGUAAGUGAGCUACAAUGUGAGACCGUGAAGGAAGAGAAUGCGAUAACGGAAGAGUUGUCGGAGUGGCAAGACGAUGCGAGUGACCUUGUCAUGGGGACAUCGUCAGAUCCCGACCAGAGGAUCCGACGGCUAGCAGAAAUCGUCCACCGAACUGAUGAUCUGCGACUGAGAACGAUCACACGUGUGGUGGAGGUCUUGAGUCCGCUCCAACAAGCGGAGUUUCUUGUCGCUGCGGCUGAGCUUCGUACAGGCGUUGCUGGUUGGGGGACUAGCCACGACCGUCGUCGAAGUUCCGAAGUUUAAAGCUAACUAAAACCGGUCUAAAGGUAAUGAGAAUCGAGGAAGAAAAAUAGUUUUUGGAUAUUAAUUAUAUGUUUUUACCAUGUUUUUGGUUAUCCAGACUGAGUUUGGUUUUACAUGGUUAUGAAAACAAAAAAAACUCAUAUGUUAUGUCUCUACGGUUGCAAUAAAGAUCAACCCACGUGUGGUGCUUGUUAGUUUACCUUUUUUAGUUAGAAUUUUGUGUGUUUGAUUUUUUUUAUGAGGUAAUUAUCGGACCUUAUUGGGGCUUCUGAUAGUUUGUAUAUAAAAAAUACUAAAGACAGAGAAUCGGGGACAUGGGUCAUUGUUGGUUUCUAUAGACCAAGUGGA